AUGCCUUCAAUGUCUACCAUCAACAUGUUCGAGGACAACAUACUCAUUGAGAUCGAUGGUGUUGCCUCUAUGUGGGAUACCUAUUGUCUUGGCCUAAAUAUAGUCACUCCUGGCUCCAAGCGAGUGAUUUUCCGGUUCAAAGAUAUCGGAAAGGCCAUUCGAGAGGGCUCAUCUGACUCCGGCCAUAUGUGA